AUGGCAGAUCUUCAAAUCCAUGCAAAUUUAGCAAUAGCAGCAGCAGCUGUUUUCAUCCCUGUUUGCACUGCUACAGUGGGACUGAGAAUCUAUGCUAGAAAUUUGAAGAAGGUGGGUUUGGGGGCUGAUGAUUAUUUGAUUAUGGCUGCUUUGGUAUGUUUAUUUGAAUCUUUAUCUGUAUCUGGAUUAUUCAAGUGGAUAAAAAUGAAUGUUGAUGUGAUAUGUAUGUAUAUAGGUCUUUGUGAUUGGGAUGGGCGUCGCUAUUAUGGCUGGUGAGUUAUAUAGAUACAUAUUAUCCUUUUGGAAAAGGGAAUAAGGAAACUAAUAUAGUAUUGGAAAAGAGGUCGGACUUAAACAACUUGGAUAUCCAGCCCCAGCCCCAUCAACUCAAAUCGGAAAACCAGAUUCAAACAUUGUACGUCCCCUCUCGCGCUCUUCACAUCGUCUCCCCUUCCUCACCCACGCCUAACAAAAACCAGGCAUUCUGGCCCGGCGAGCUCCUCCAAAUCCCAGCCCUAGGCCUCGUAAAACUCUCCCUCAUUCUCUUCUACCGGCGCGUCUUCACCCGCAACGCCGCCCCCCGCUUCAACAUCGUCACCUGGUUCAUGAUCCUCAUAAUUCUCCUCUGGACACUCUCGUUCUUCUUCUCCAUUCUCUUUAUCUGCGGCUUGGAUUUUGCUGCUUAUUGGACUAGUACGGUUGUGGAGAAGGCGCAUUGUGUGGAUACGGAUCGCUUGCAUAAUGCGUUUGCGAUUAGUGAUGUUGUGACGGAUUUUGUUAUUAUUUGUUUGCCGGUGCCGAUGGUAUGUUGUUUGGUUGAUUCUUCUUUGGGCUCUGUGAAUCUUUUUUUGUGGGAAGUGAUGGAUGGGGAAGGGAGGUGUGGGUGCUUUCACAUUGUGCCUCGCUCACUUCAUCCAUCACUCCUAACCCUAAAGACGGCUGGUUAUUCUGGGGAACAAGAAGUUCUGUUGCACAUCCGAGUAAUUGAUUAUCGAGAAAUCGUUCAAUUGGUUUCCCCAGUUGAAGGCGACAGAUUCAAUGGCAUACUCAUCGCAUUCAGAACUCACUUAGCUUUCUCCUCAAACUUCAAAUCCAAACCUAGUCUCAAUCACUAACCACCUAUCUAGAUUUUCGGUCUUCAUCUAACCGUGGCCCGAAAAAUAGGUAUUCUAGCCAUCUUCUCCCUAGGAGCCCUGUAAGUUAUCCCUACCUGCAUCAAGGAUUCCGUUGAUCCCAUUAAUACCAUUCAAACUAACACUAAAUACACAGCACCAUCGCCGCCUCAAUCGUCCGAAUGAUAGUAUUCAUCCAAGCCACAGCCGUAAACUACGAUCCACAUGCCGACUUCGAAUGUAAGUCUCUUCCCCUUCCCUUCCCAUUCCUACCCUUUCAUGCCAUCCGAACCCCAAACCCAAAAACUAACACCGACCCCCACCAAAAAAAGUCAUCUGCACCUCCGGCCUCUACUGGUCCAUGAUCGAAUCCGGUCUCGGCAUAAUCGCCGCCUGUCUCCCCGCCCAAUACGGUCUCCUCAAUACAAAAGGCGUGCAAUCCCUCGUCGCGAGCGUUCAAUCUGCUAUUUCGCUCCGCUCAAUCAGGAGUUCUUCUCAACAUCCCAGUUUGGAGAAUGCGAAUGGAAAUAGUGAAAGAAUUGGAAAUGGAGAAAGAAAUAUGUUUGGUCAAUAUGCGGGAAUGCAAUAUAUGCAGAGAGAAACGAAGAUGGAACCGUGGAGUAUGGGUCAUGGAUAUGGACAUGGACAUAGGGGUGUUAAUGGAAGUAGAAGUGCAAAUGGAAGUGAGACGCAGCAUAUUACUGCGCAUGCGGAGGGACCGGCGAGGUAUGAGAGGGAGGGGGAAUUGGAGGAGGGGAUGGGGGAUGGGGAUUUCAAAGGGAAGGGUGGGAUUGUUGUUACGAAUAGUUUUGAGAGUAGAGAGGGGUUGGCGUAA